GCUUUUUUGCGGCCCGCAUUCCAUGGUCCUUCAAGAACUUCAUUUGGGGUUUGGUCUUCCUUCUUACCUACCUCGGCUGGACUUUGAUUCACUUCUUCGCGCAAAUUGGUACCCCUCGUGGCUGCGAACUCUAUAUCGAUCCGGAGUGCCCCAUCUAUGACGCGUUUGAUUGGAAUAUGCCGAUGAUGACCACAAUCAUUACCAUUUUUGCCUUGGUGGGAUAUGCCGUGCUCGCAGGACUCUACACGGCCUUCGUCCGUUGCCGCAAAUGCUGCUUCCCCACGCCCGUGGGAGAAGUGGAAACCAAAGAUGGACCUCAGAACAUUGAGACGAUUGAGAACGUUGAGCUCCGUUGGCCCGAGCAGGCUCCCUUGGGCAUGGCCACACUGUUGGUUCAGAUAGCAACGUCGAAUUGGUUCCCACCACUGGUCUACGCGAUCUUCAACGGGAUUGUGGUGAUUUUGCGUCUUGGCGUGAACGAGGUCGCAGGUGGCAAGGGGCUCAAUGCUUUGGAAUUUAGCCCGCAAGAAGCAUGUUUGUUCUGGGAUUUUCUCGCAUUUCCAG